AACUUAAAUUGACAUGUAACUACCUAGUAUCUAGAUUCUAGGCGCGAUUACAAAUCAAUAGUUAGUUAUUUGGUUCCUGUUCAACAUUCAAUGUUCAUUCUUACCUACCAAGUCUAGUAGUAGUACUACUACUUACUACCUGCUACUCGUCGGCGUCGACAUACUAUCAAACGAGUACCUACUCUAUUUUUCAAACAUCCAUCAUGAGGCUCCCCAAUGCCUUGUAUCUCCCGGCGCUUUUGGCCUCCUCGUUCCUGGCUCCCAUACAGCCCGUAGUGGCUGAGCACACCAGCAACUGGGCUGUUUUGGUUGGCACUUCCAGGUUCUGGUUCAACUAUCGCCAUCUCGCCAAUGUCCUGUCCAUGUACCGGACCGUCAAGCGACUAGGUAUCCCCGACUCACAGAUUAUCCUUAUGCUUCCCGACGACAUGGCUUGCAACCCCCGAAACGCUUUCCCCGGGACCGUGUAUAGUAACGCAGACCGCGCAGUUGAUCUAUACGGGGACAACAUCGAAGUUGAUUACCGAGGAUAUGAAGUCACUGUUGAGAACUUCAUCCGAUUGUUAACAGACCGCGUUGGCGACGAGAUGCCCAGGAGCAAGCGGCUACUUACCGAUGACCGAAGCAAUAUCUUGGUGUAUAUGACGGGACACGGCGGAAAUGAAUUUUUGAAAUUUCAGGACGCGGAGGAGAUUGGCGCAUUUGACCUGGCGGACGCAUUCGAGCAGAUGUGGGAGAAGAGAAGGUACCACGAAAUAUUAUUCAUGAUCGACACGUGUCAAGCAAACACCAUGUAUAGCAAACUAUACUCUCCCAACAUCAUCGCUACUGGGUCUUCCGAGCUAGAUCAGUCUUCCUACUCGCACCAUGCCGAUAACGACGUCGGGGUUGCAGUAAUUGAUCGAUACACAUAUUAUAAUCUCGAAUUUCUCGAGUCCGAAGUCAAGGACCUGGGCAGUAAGAAGACCGUUGGGGACCUAUUCGAUAGUUACAACUACGAGAAGAUACAUUCCAAUGCCGGUGUUCGGUACGAUCUAUUCCGAGGCGGCCCAGAGGCAGCGCGAAGUCGUCUGUUGACCGACUUCUUUGGAAACAUCCAGAAUGUAGAGGUAGAUGGAUCAAGGAACAAUACGGUUGAUGAAGAGAUGUUGUCACUCAGCAGGACUAUCGCGAAGCUACGGAUAUUGGCUGACCAAGAAGAAGCAACGGCAGCAAAGAGACAUAAUAACACAAAAGCAAGCAAACCUCAACCUCAACCUCUACCUCUACCGGCAAAGAAAAUCCAAAUGGCCAAGCCGUUGACGGAUGACAACUGGUAUACGAAAAGAUUGGUAGGUGCAACAGCAUUAGCCAGCUGUGCGCUUGUAUGGGCUCUCGGAUCAUACAUGGAGUCACCACAGGCAUAGUAAAAUCAGAAGUUCACAUAUUAUGAUAAUGAUGAAUUAACAUGAAAUAAAAUGAAACAAAUUAACUACCUGUAAUCAAUCCAUUUUGGUGUUUUUCUUUUCUUUUCCAUUUCAGCAAAGGGGGGGGACUGUAAGAUAGAAUACCCUAUAAAAACAAAAUAUAAAGGCGCUAAAUAGAUAGGUUAGGUACUUCUAGGUAGGGUACAGUACGGAGUACUACAUAUGUAGGUACUACUAGUAGUACCUAUAACUAGUUACAGUACAAGCAUCAAUGCUUUAUGGUUGUC